AUGAUGCUUUUGGAAAACUCCGCUCCUCCGGGUCUUCGGAGCGGUCGAGAAGAGGUGGAGGGCCAGCCAAUGGGAGAGGGGGGCGGGGCCCGAACCUGUGGAAGGGGCGGGGUUGCCGCUGAGAUUUGGGAAGAGGCUUUUCUAAGCUGGAGGUUUUUAAAAUUUUGUGUCCUGGGAAAUUUCCCAAUAUUUAGAGACCUUGAUGUCCUGCAAAUGAAGGAGGAGGAUAUCCUCAAAUUCCUUGUAGCAGGAAGCUACUUAGCUGGCACCAACCUUGACUUCCAAGUGGAACAAUACAUCUACAAAAGGAAAAGUGAUGGUUUCUGUAUCAUAAAUCUGAAGAGAACCUGGGAGAAACUUCUGCUGGCAGCUCAUGCCAUUGUUGCCAUGGAAAACCUGGCUCAUGUCAGCAUCAUAUCACCCAGGGAGACUGGCCAGCAAGCUGUGCUGAAGUUUGCUACUGCUACCAGAGCCACUUGGACUGCUGGCAAUUUCACCCCUGGAAACUUCACUAACCAAAUCCAGGCAGCCUUCCGGGAGCUGAGACUUCUGGUGGUUACUAAUCCCAGGGCUGACCACCAGUCUCUUAUGGAGGCAUCUUAUGUUAACCUGCCUACCAUUGUUCUGUGUAACACAGACUGUCCUCUGCAUUAUGUGGACAUCGCCAUCCCUUGCAACAAGGGACCUCACUCAGUGGGUCUGAUGUGGUGGAUGCAGGUCCAGGAAGUUCUGCGCAAGUGUGGCACCAUUUCCUGUGAACACUCAUGAGAGGUCAUGCCUGAUCUCUACUUCUUUUUUUUGUUAACUGAUCUCUACUUCUAUAGAGAUUCUGAAGAUAUUGAAAGGAAAGAGCAGGCGGCUUUUGAGAAGACUGGGACCAAGGAAGAAUUUCAGGGUGAAUGGAUUGUUCCAGCUCCUGAGUUCAUCGCUACUCAACCUGAAGUCACAGACCGGUCUGAAGGUUUGCAAGUGCCUUCUGUGCCUAUUAGCAGUUCCCUGCUGAAGACUAGAGCAACCACUGACUGGUCUUACACUUCUCUUCCACGAAGGCAAACAAAAUGGAAAUAA